UUUCUCAAGUCACUUCAAACAGUGUCCGAGGGAGCUGUGGCUCAUUGUCCGGAGCGCGGGGAGAGCAGCAGGUACACGCCGCGGCCAGCGUUUGCCCACGUUGACACGGUAAGAAGAGCUGAGAGGACAAGGUAAACGUGAACAAAAUGUCAAGAUGUACAACAUACAGUUGGACAAUUGCCAGUCUUCAAAAUGGGUAAACAAUGGAGACAGAGACAAUGCAGGUCAGAUCAGAGCAGAGCCCUUUUGGGGACAGUCUUAAGACGAUCCUCAACCACACCCCUUGUCUGAAACCCCUCCCACUCUUCCUCAAGCCCCAGAGAUCACUGCCCGUCAGGGAUACCUUCAGCAGGGACGACCCCCUGCUCAGCUCCCAGCAUCCCCCAGCUUUCAGCCGCUUCCCUUACCCGUCAGAAGGAGGCUCUCGGAAACGCAAACGGACACCUUUCAAAAUGAACCCGCAAGACGCCGAGUCCUCGGACGAAGCGGAGGAGGACCGCCCCCCCAAGACCGUGGAUCUGUCCCACCUUCGCUACCCGUCCCCUCGCCCCGUUCCCGCCCCGCCCCCUAAAUAUGACACCCACAUGAUCGACCUGAGCCGAAUCCAGCUCUACAGGACCCUGGGCAGGUUUAGCGCCAUGCAGGUGAAGAGGGAACCCGCCAGCCCAGAGGGGCUCUGGCCCCCCUCGCCCAUCCUGAUGCCCCCUCCCUCCCCGUACUUCCCGCCCCUCCAUCCGAGCUGGAUCCCUUUCCCGUACUUCAUGCCCGGCCCCCUCAUGCACCUCUCCCCGCACAGCUUCUACCAGAGGGAGGCCCUCGGCCGCCACCGCAGGGCCCCGGGCGGGGGCCGGGGGGAGGCGGCGGCCGCGGAGAAGCACAGCGUCACCGUCCACAUCGACGACAGCUACUACGUGGACGUGGGCGGCGAGCAGAAGCGCUGGAAGUGCCGCAUGUGCGAGAAGUCCUACACCUCCAAGUACAACCUGGUGACGCACAUCCUGGGCCACAGCGGCAUCAAGCCACACGGCUGCGGCCAGUGCGGCAAGCUCUUCAAGCAGCUGAGCCACCUGCACACGCACAUGCUCACCCACCAGGGGGCGCGGCCGCACAAGUGCCAGGUGUGCCACAAGGCCUUCACGCAGACCAGCCACCUCAAGCGGCACAUGAUGCAGCACAGCGACGUCAAGCCCUACAGCUGCGGCGUGUGCGGCCGCGGCUUCGCCUACCCCAGCGAGCUGCGGGCCCACGAGCUGAAGCACGAGAAGGGCCAGGAGAACGUGUGCGUGGAGUGCGGCCUGGACUUCCCCACCCUGGCCCAGCUGAAGAGGCACCUGACGGCCCACCGGGGCCCCACGCAGUACAGCUGCACCCAGUGCGAGAAGACCUUCCAGUACCCCAGCCAGCUGCAGAACCACAUGAUGAAGCACAAGGACAUCAGGCCCUACAUCUGCAGUGAGUGCGGCAUGGAGUUCACCCAGUCCCACCACCUCAAGCAGCACGCGCUCACACACAAGGGGGUGAAAGAGCACAAGUGUCGGAUUUGUGGGCGGGAGUUCACCCUGUUAGCCAACAUGAAGCGCCAUGUCCUGAUCCACACCAACAUCCGCGCCUACCAGUGCCACCUCUGCUUCAAGAGCUUUGUCCAGAAACAGACCCUGAAGGCCCAUAUGAUCGUCCACUCCAACAUCAAGCCCUACAAAUGCAAGCUCUGUGGGAAGGAGUUUAACAGAAUGCACAACCUGAUGGGCCACAUGCACCUGCACUCAGACAGCAAGCCCUUUAAAUGCCUCUACUGCCCCAGCAAGUUCACCCUGAAGGGAAACCUGACGCGGCACAUGAAGGUCAAGCAUGGCAUCAUGGACCGCGGACUCGAUUACCGGGGACUGAGACGCAGAGGGAGGCACCGUCUCACUGCGCAGCUCGGCGACAUAGGCAGCGUCAGCCAGGAGGAGCCCUUUGACCUCUCCCGGAGCGGCGGGGUCAACCUCCGCCUCUCCCAGUCGGAUGGCGAGAGUGUCCGGGGCAGCUCGUGCCAGGAGGAGGAGGAGGACUGCUUCUACAAGACGAGCCAGUGCAGCCCGGAGGAUGGCCAUCCCACAGAGACCUCCUUCCUCCCUGAGCAGCGUUCCCGCAGCUGUGAAAGCCCGCACAAACCUCCCAAUCAAGCAGACGCCGGCAGCGAGGAAGAGGAGGAGUUGAAAGAGAGGUCCGAGAAAGAGGAACAGGUCGAAAAGCAGAAGCACUACCUGUGCGGUGAAGCGCAUCCCUGCAUGAGUUAUCCUGAGAAUCAGCAGAGUUCUUCUUCUCCCACAGAGUCAUGCACAGACACACCUCACAGGAACUGAGAAACAAGCUGUGAACAGACCGUACUAUACAUGCAGAGACUGCUGGGAAACUUCAGAACUUGUAUAUUUUUUAAAGUUGCAAGAUACAUAAAUGUCAUGACAUACUGUGAUUUCAUACCUGUGAGUUGCUGUAGAAAUGUGAUGCAAAUUGAAGUCUAUUCUAAAUGGAAAGAGUCGCUAUCAGAGAUAUAUCAAUGUGAAUGUAGGUGUGGCCUACAUUUCUUUCAAAUUUUACCAUAAAUGUAAUUUCUUUAAAAUAAAUCAUGAAAAUUGGUGCACUUAUGUAAUAUAUUGAUUUAUAUUUAAUCUUAUUUUUCUAAUGAGAUGUAUAAGUUAUGCUUUUUAUGAAGGUAUGGGUAGGGGUCAGAUGCCCCAAGAGCUCAGCUCAGAUUUUAAGAAAACAAAAAACAAACAAUGUUGGCUUAUCUGCCUGAAAACAAUUUAAAU